UCUGCCCGGGUCUCCCUUCCGCUUCCGGUGUCUCCCCCACAGCCAUGGCCGCCGCCGCCGCCGCGGGCGCUGGGGAGCCUCUGUCCCCUGAAGAAUUGCUCCCGAAAGGCGAUGCGGAAAAGACCGAGGAGGAGCUAGAAGAGGACGACGACGACGAGCUGGACGAGACUUUGUCGGAGAGACUCUGGGGUCUGACGGAAAUGUUCCCGGAGAGGGUCCGGUCCGCCGCCGGAGCCACCUUUGAUCUCUCGCUCUUUGUGGCUCAAAAAAUGUACCGAUUUUCCAGGGCAGCUUUGUGGAUCGGGACUACUUCCUUUAUGAUCCUGGUUCUUCCUGUUGUCUUUGAGACAGAAAAGUUGCAGAUGGAGCAACAGCAGCAACUGCAGCAGCGACAGAUACUUCUAGGGCCUAACACAGGGCUGUCAGGAGGAAUGCCAGGGGCUCUACCUUCACUUCCUGGAAAAAUCUAGAUAUUCAGCUGCUAUAAUUAAGCGUUGUGGGAGAAUUUUGAAAUUCAUUUGUGUCUGAACUGGUCAUUUGGGUUUCCCUCCCCCUUUUUAACCUUGACACAUUGAUCUGUUUAAACCUGGGAGGGGGUGUGAACACUCCCUUACUGUCUCAUGGAGAGUCCCCACUUGCAACUGUGCCCUUCAUACUGUCCUCACUUUUAUUUCCUGUUCUGACUCUGGCUCCAGAUGGCAGCCAUGCGGACGGUUAUUCCAGCUUUGGCCACUGUUUUAGUAAGUUGCUCCUCACUGGAAGUUCCUCACUAGCCCACUGUGGGGUGAAACAUUAAUGCCAGUGGUAAGCAAGCAAGCAACCAUGACCCUUAACAACCUUUUUCUGUUUUUAAAGAAUGGAUAUGUUAAGAGAGGGUCAUGCACACAAAAAGAAACUGACAAAAUACAUCACAGCCGUAGAGCAAAACAGCCACCAGGGAUCCUUGUGUGUGUUGGCGACAGAGGCUGGCUGCAAGUUCAGCCAGAAGAUGGGAUGAUGGGGCUAUAGACGGAACAGCUCAUUUCCUCUGAAAAUUUUGGCUAUUAGAAGACCUGUGUGUUAAUGUGUUAAAAAAAAAAAGUGCUUACUUUUAUAUUUAAGUAUUAAAAGGAUUCCAACUGAAA